CUUACGUCCAAUUUAUCCACUCAUUCUCUCCACCUCAGCUUCUGUACUAGUAACCACACUUCCCUCUUUUUUCUCUAUACUGUACUGUAACCACUUGCACUUUCACCCUUCUUCUUCUUCUUCUUCUUAUAUGAUACUUCACUCCAUUAUUAUUAUACUUGCCGCCUAUAUUCUGCAGCUCCACAGGUUCUCUAAUGGCAUUUUCUAUUCUGUACUUUUUCCUUUCUUUUUUCGCAAUUACAGUUUCAGUUUCAUCAACUGUGAAUAACCCAAAAACAUUUAUAGUUCACGUUCAACACGAUGCAAAACCUUCGAUAUUUCCAACCCAUGAGCACUGGUAUGAAUCGGUUCUUAUAUCUCUCUCUACAGAUACACACUCACUGGAACCAGGUGGGGUUGUGUCUGAAAAUCGUAUUAUUCACACUUACAGUAAUGUUUUUCAUGGCUUUUCUGCUAAAUUAUUGAUUUCGGAUGCUAAAAAACUUGAGGCAUUACCUGGGGUUCUUGCUGUUAUACCUGAACAAGUUAGGCAUGUGCAAACCACGAGAUCCCCUGAAUUUCUAGGCUUGACUAGUACGGACAGUGCUGGGCUGCUUAAGGAAUCGGAUUUCGGGUCGGACCUUGUAAUCGGAGUAAUUGAUACAGGGAUCUGGCCUGAGAGAAAGAGCUUUAAUGAUCAUGAUCUUAGUCCGGUUCCGGCUAAAUGGAAAGGCGAAUGCGUGGCUGGCAAAGACUUUCCGGCGACUUCAUGCAACCGGAAAUUGAUCGGAGCCAGAUAUUUUUCCAGUGGAUAUGAGGCUACGAAUGGGAAAAUGAACGAAACUGUGGAGCAUCGAUCUCCUAGAGACUCCGAUGGGCAUGGGACCCAUACAGCCUCAAUUGCCGCAGGGAGGUACGUAUUUCCGGCGUCUACUCUCGGAUACGCGCGUGGAGUUGCUGCUGGAAUGGCUCCAAAAGCUCGUUUAGCCGCUUACAAAGUAUGCUGGGCUUCAGGCUGCUACGACGCUGAUAUCCUCGCUGCUUUUGACGCCGCUGUUGCUGACGGUGUUGACGUCAUCUCUUUUAGUGUUGGUGGCGUUGUGGUACCGUAUAACCUCGACGCAAUCGCCAUUGCCGCCUUCGCUGCUAAUGAUGCCGGAAUCUUCGUCUCUGCUUCCGCCGGUAACGGCGGGCCUGGAGGACUCACAGUAACUAAUGUAGCUCCUUGGGUCACCACCGUCGGUGCCGGAACAAUUGACCGUGAUUUCCCGGCGGAUGUGAAACUUGGAAACGGGAAAAUAGUUCCCGGAGUAAGCAUCUAUGGUGGCCCUUCGUUAUCUCCUCACAAACUCUACCCGCUAAUUUACGCCGGGAGUGAAGGUAGUGAUGGAUAUUCGUCUUCAUUGUGUUUGGAAGGUUCAUUAAACCCUAAUGACGUUCAUGGCAAAGUUGUGUUAUGUGACAGAGGCGUUAAUUCGAGAGCUGUAAAAGGCGAAGUGGUGAAGAAAGCAGGUGGAAUAGGGAUGAUAUUAGCCAAUGGAGUUUUCGAUGGGGAAGGAUUAGUGGCUGAUUGCCACGUGUUACCGGCAACGUCAGUUGGAGCUUCCGCCGGAGACGAAAUAAGGAAGUACAUAUCUACAGCAUUAAAGUCCAAGUCACCCCCAACGGCGACGAUUCUUUUCAGAGGCACAAUUGUAAAUGUGAAACCAGCUCCAGUAGUAGCGUCAUUUUCAGCCCGAGGCCCAAAUCCUGAAACACCGGAAAUUCUAAAGCCCGACGUAAUUGCACCUGGAUUGAAUAUUCUCGCAGCUUGGCCCGAUGGGGUCGGGCCGAGUGGGAUUCCAUCGGAUAAACGGAGAACAGAGUUCAACAUUUUGAGCGGGACCUCCAUGGCGUGCCCCCAUGUAUCUGGGCUGGCAGCAUUGUUGAAGGCGGCCCAUCCGGGAUGGAGCCCGGCGGCAAUAAGAUCGGCAUUGAUGACAACUGCAUAUACAGUGGAUAAUCGGGGUCAAGUUAUGAUCGAUGAAUCUACUGGUAAUUCAUCGACAGUGAUGGAUUUUGGGGCAGGACAUGUGCAUCCUCAAAAUGCAAUGGACCCUGGUUUGAUUUACGACUUAACUUCAUAUGACUACGUCGAUUUCUUGUGCAAUUCAAAUUACACAACCAAGAAUGUUCAAGUUGUCACAAGGAAGUAUUCAGAUUGUAGCGGGGCAAAAAGAGCAGGCCAUGCAGGGAAUUUGAAUUACCCUUCGCUAUCAGCUGUGUUUCAACAAUAUGGAAAGCACAAGUUGUCCACUCACUUUAUUAGGUCUGUGACAAACGUGGGUGAUCCAGAUUCUGUGUUCAAGGUGACAGUGAAGCCGCCGCGGGGUAUGGUGGUGACAGUGGAGCCGGAGAAAUUGGCGUUUAGGAGAGUGGGACAGAAGCUUAAUUUUCUGGUAAGAGUACAAGCUGAAGCAGUGAAGUUAUCACCAGGGAGUUCAAUUGUGAAAAGUGGUUCAUUAGUUUGGUCAGAUGGAAAGCAUGAGGUGAAAAGUCCAAUAGUUGUAACAAUGCAGGAGCCUCUGUGAUGAAAGAACUUAACAUUUUGGGAAUUAAGUGUCUGUUCUUGAGGAUUAAUAUGGAUCCUUAGUGCUAACAAAUCUUGGAUAUCUUGUGAAAAGAAUAUGUAUAAGAGGAGGAGAGUGUCCUCUACUCUCCUAUUUUAGUUCUUGAUCAUAAGCAACUACUGUGUUUAUUAAGUAUGUUGACAAGGAAGUUUGAAAAGGUGAAGACUUGGGAGUUGGUUGGUUGCCCUGGCAAUCUGAGUUCGACAAAAGGAAGCAUAUCUCAUAUAUUGUGUUUGGUUUCUUUGUAGCAUUAUAUUAGUAAUAUUGCAAAAUGCUUUGUACAAAUGUUGGAUGUUUUUAUUAUGUUGAGGGUGAGUUCAAUUUGAACAUAAAACCUAAGAAGUUCAAAUA